ACGACAAAAAUGGUAAUAAAUCUAGAGAACAUGUUUAUAUACAGACAUAUACAGCAAAGCACUUGACUCACAAACGCCAAAGCUGAAAAAUUGGGAAGAGAGAUGGAAAACGGCAAGUCCUCCUCCGACAAGUCUUCACUUAAACCGAUCCGUUGCAAAGCGGCGGUUAGUAGGAAGGCCGGAGAGCCGUUGGUGAUGGAAGAAAUCCUGGUUGCGCCGCCGCAGUCUUACGAGGUUCGGAUCCGAAUCAUUUGUACAGCUCUAUGUCACAGUGACAUCACCUUCUGGAAACUCCAAGUUCCUCCAGCCUGCUUUCCCAGGAUUCUAGGCCACGAAGCGAUAGGAGUUGUGGAGAGUGUGGGUGAAAACGUUACCGAAGUAGUAGAAGGAGACACUGUACUGCCGACAUUUAUGCCGGACUGCGGUGACUGUGUUGACUGCAAAUCUCCAAAGAGCAACUUAUGCAGCAGUUUUCCCUUCAAGGUCUCACCAUGGAUGCCAAGAUACGAAAACUCCAGUAGAUUCACUGACCUGAAUGGCAACACUCUGUUCCAUUUCUUAAAUGUCUCGAGUUUCAGCGAAUACACUGUUCUUGAUGUCGCUAACGUCGUUAAGAUCGAUUCUUCUAUUCCUCCAAGCCGUGCUUGUCUCCUCAGCUGCGGAGUCUCCACUGGCGUUGGUGCUGCUUGGAAGACUGCCCAAGUUGAACAAGGAUCAACUGUUGUGAUUUUUGGACUUGGUUCUAUCGGUCUAGCGGUUGCUGAGGGUGCAAGACUUUGUGGUGCCUCUCGAAUCAUUGGUGUCGAUAUAAAUCCUGCAAAAUUCGAAGUUGGCCAAAAAUUUGGAGUAACUGAGUUUGUAAACUCGAAGACAUGCGAAAACAAGCCUGUGAGCGAGGUGAUCAAUGAGAUGACUGGUGGGGGAGCAGAUUAUUGUUUCGAGUGUGUUGGAAGCAGUUCUUUGGUUCAAGAUGCUUAUGCUUGCUGCAGAAAGGGAUGGGGAAAGACGAUAACUUUAGGAGUGGACAGGCCAGGUUCACAAAUUUGUUUAAACUCGUCUGAUGUUCUUCACAACGGGAAGACUCUAAUGGGCUCGUUGUUCGGUGGUUUAAAGGCUAAAUCACACAUUCCUAUUCUUCUUAAACGCUACAUGAGCAAGGAGCUUGAGUUGGAUAAAUUUGUGACACACGAGAUGAAAUUUGAGGACAUCAAUGAUGCUUUCCAGCUACUCCUUGACGGGAAAUGCAUCAGGUGUGUGUUGUGGAUGGGCUAAUGGCGUAUGACCUAUAUAUUUUCUAUGUUUUCCUAUAUUUCAUUUAUGUUACAUGUUCAAGUUUUUUCUUAUCCUGGUUUGUUAUAAAACAAAGUUCAAAAAAUAAAUAUAGGCAAAGGCUAUAAAGCAAGUUAAAAUUUAAUGCUUUAUAGUUUUGCCUAAAAAUUAUAUA